CAGGAAGGCAGCGAUGCUGGCCAAGAUCCUGGAGUUGAUGUGGGUGGAGCCGGAGGUGCUGGAGGCCCUGAGCGAGGAGCAGAAGAGGAUUCUGUUCUUCAAGAUGAGGGAGGAGCAGGUCCGCCGCUGGACGGAGCGGGAGGGCAGGGGGGAGACGGAGGACCACGACGACAACGAAGACCACGGCGGCCCAAAGAAAGCCUCUACGAAGCAUGUGACCUGGCUGCUGGGCCGAGACGGUGACGUGAGAGUCAGCGUGAUCGGUGAGGAGGAUGAGUUCAGGUCCUCCAAACUCCUCCAGUCUCUGCUCAACAACAGAUAUCAUGAUGCCUGCAUGGUCGAUGUCCAGCCAGCCGCCUCGUUCCCCCCGAGAGUGACCGACCUACAAGGCCGUAGGCCUGGUACAGCGCGGGCCCUAGCUAAGAGCCGGUCUCUGGACCAGGGGCCGGGGUCCCGGAGCAGCGUGGAGGAGCGCGCAGACGCCAGCGCCCCGGAGGAGGACAGCGUCUGUGAGCCCACCGCUGCCGCUGGCGGUGGCCACUACCUCGACCGCGACGGGGCCCCUCGCCGCCAGCCCGGGCUCCGUAACCACGGCAACCGCCCGCCACCGCUGCGGGCGCAGUCGCUAGACGCAGGCAGGACGCUGGACGGAGAGGCGCCGGGCGGCCUGGAUGAGGAGCCGGAGUUCGGAGCCCGCGUGGCCGAGUCGAAAAGGACCUCCGCACCCGGGACCACGGUGUCCUCCAAGCCCCCCGUACCGGUCAAACCCCCCCACCUGCAGCCAGGCAACCGCUCUGUCCCCCGACCAGUGCCUGAGGGCAUCACCGCUAGCUAGCUGGUUAGCUGGCUCCAUUCAAUGUCUAUGUGCUGUGUUAGCAUUUCACUGUAGCGCACAGCAAGUCCACCAUGGCAACAGAGCAGAGAAGAAGGUCAAUGCACGGAUGUUGCUGAGGGUUGGAUGGUCGUUCCUCGGAGCGGAUGGAGGUCCAGUGACGGCCAUGAGCUGGUUCGAGGGCCCCUCCUCGAGCGAGGGCCCGCUGGGAGACAGAUGGACAUCAGAGAGGGGGAGAGCUGCAGGACUCACCUGGAAGAUGGAACACAAACACUGAAGCUGCUUGAAAAUGAACCGAUGGAUGUCUGUGUUUUUUUAAAAAUAUUUAUAUGUAUUUACAAUCGCAGGAUAUUCUUAAAUAUAUCACGCCCUGUUUUGUCUUCAUUUUUAAGAUGUCCGCCAUGCACUAUUGAAUUGAAGAAUAUAAUAAAAUGGAUCAUUUCUAUA